CUUCCAGAUGGCUAGCGCAACAGGAGGAUGGCAAGCUUUGGAAUCGAACCCAGAGACAAUAAAUCCGUUUCUCUCAAAAAUUGGAGUGAGUGGUGUGGAAUGUGUUGAUGUGUUCUCCUUCGACGACGAGAUGCUCCAAUUUAUUCCGACACCUCAACUUGCUCUCAUUCUCUGUUUUCCAAGUUCCGGAGUUCGCGAGUUUCGUGCAAAGCAGUAUGAAGAGGUGGAGAAGAAUGGAAAAAAGCCCGAUGGAAUUUUCUUUAUGAAUCAGAAAAAAGAAAUCGGACAUGCAUGCGGAACGUUUUCCUUGUUCCACUCAUUGGCAAAUCUUGAGAAUCGUGUGAAUCUAGGAAAUGGAAAAUUCUCAAAAUGGUUCGAAAAGGCCAAGCUAGUCGGUGAAGGCGAACGAUCGGAUUUAUUGCUUGCAGACACUGAUCUUGCCGAAGCUCACAAAGAGACAGCAGAAGAAGGAGAAACCGAGCAUCCAGAACACGUGGCUUAUCAUUUUAUUACAUAUGUCAACAAAAAUGGUCAACUCUUUGAAAUUGAUUCAUGCUCACCAUUUCCGCGUCCCCUCGGAGCAACUACCGAUUCUACGAUGAUCAGAGAUGCAUUUUCUACCUCUAUCAAAGAUCUCAUGGACAAUGUGCAAAAGCUCAGCUUCUCGGCAAUGGCACUCGUUGGGAUUUAGAAAUAAUGAUUUCAUUCGAGUUUUUGUACAUAUUUAAUUUAUUUAUGUUACCGUGUAUUAAAGAUUUUAUUUUCAGAA